UGUACUGGCACAUUUUUUUGGGUCAUAAAAACUUCUUGUUAAUAUUUUUUUUAACUUUUCAAUAGUAAAUUUAUUAACUAAAAUUCAAAAAAUAAUACAAACAGUAAACUAAAACUUACAAUUUGUAAAUUAAAGAAGAACUAAAUCCUAAAAAAUCGUUAAAGCCGGAUCUAACAAAACAAGUACUAAGGCCUGUAAUGUUAUGCAAGCGAAUGAAAGAAACAAAAGUUUAUAAAUUUGUGAAAAUGAAUUAAAAGGAUUUAAAAAGAUAAUAGUGACGAAAAGAAUAGCAACAAAAUGGUAUUUAAACGUAUGCUUAUGAAUAUAAAACACUCCUCGAAUGCUACUUUGAAAUCUUGGUGCUAUCAGUGUGAAUCAAUAUUGGCCCAGAGGUCUCGACGUCUACAACAACUAUUUACAUUUUAUCAUCGAGUUUAUGGUUCACAUGGUUUAAAGCUGCUGAUACGAUCCUAUCACCGACAACUGCCACAAUUCAAGGGAACAAAUUUGGUUUUAAGUGCCGUGGGAGUGGUGGGCUGUUUAACUGGUAAUGGCGGAGGCUCGGGUUUUGAUUGGAACACAGAACGUUUGAGUUUAGCUAAUUUUGAUACAUGUCAUCACGAUGUGGAAUUUAUUAAUACUAUACACAACAAUAAACUAUGCCAACGAUGUAAAGAGUACAAUAUGAAAUAUUGCUAUUGUUUGGUAGGAAAUAAAGAAAGCCCAACCGGUGGUGACGGUAAAAAAUCGAUUAAGAAUAAUAAAUCAUAUCCGUUGUAUUUGGAACGAAAUGGAGUUGACGGAGCAGCUGGUAAGGGUAGUGCAAUGAUAGAAAGUGAAAGCGAAAGAAAUUGGGAGCCAUACUUUAGUAAAGAUCAUUUUCACAUAUGGAAGCGAGAAGAACGCACUGCCAUGUAUUCCUAUAAGGUAUAUGCAAGUUUUAAUGAUAUAUCAGCGGCCGAUUUAUUGCAUGUACAAGUUGAUUUGGAUUAUCGCAAACAAUGGGAUGACACAGCUGUAGCUUUGCACUUAAUUGAAGAGGAUCCCAUGCCGGGGACCAACUCCCAUCUAAUCUAUUGGGAAAUGCAGUGGCCAAAGUUUUUCAACAACCGAGAUUAUGUCUACUGCAGACGCUUUAUAUGCGACGACAAACGCAAAGUUAUGAUGGUGGCCAAUCGGGGUACUAAACAUCCGCAUUAUCCACAGGUGAAUGGCAAAGUACGUGUUACGGAUUAUUGGAGUUUUAUGGUUAUUAAACCCUUCCGUAGUUUUCAAGAGCCUGGUGUUCAUUAUAUACUGACCUAUUACGACGAUCCCGGAUUGCCAAUACCCCAGAGCAUUAAAUCCUGGGUAGCUCAAAAACAAAUGCCUGAUAUUUUACAAAAAAUGUACUUUGCCACUAAGAAUUAUUCCUAUAAAAAGGCACUGGCCAUGAAGGAUGUCUUCAGUAGUUUUAGUAUGUUAAAUAACGAAUAUGCAGCAAAUAAAUCAAGAGAUGGAUGGCUGCAUAGGUUGUGGCGUCAGAGCAGUGAUGAAAACAUAGAAAAAGGCGAAUAAGAGAGAGUGAGAGGGAGUUUUUGACAAGUUGCUAUAUUAUAGAGAGUCUUUCAAUGAUAAUUAUUUAAAAUUAGGUACAACUAGAAGUUUGAUGUGAUUUUUAAAAAGAUAAUAGUUCAUUUUGUUAUAGGUGCCUUUUUAAUGUUCUUCGAUUUAAAAUGAGAGGAGCUAAGAUUGGACUAGGAAAUUGUAAUUUUUUAGCGAAAUGCCACAGAAAACCGGUUAAAAUCUAAAUAUUAAAAGAAUAAGCCAAAAACUGGAAAAUAAAACAAGCCAAAGGAAAUAGAAAAUUAAACUGAGAAAAGAAAUAACAUACUAUAAUAAAUAUAUAUAAAAAUAUGUAGAGUCCAUCCAAAAACAUAGUUACCACGGCAAUUGAAUCUUCGCUACGUAUCGGGUGCUAAUCAGGAAAACUAUAUCAACAUCGCGAAAGCAAUAUUAACCGUACGUUGUUUUUCUCCCGAGAGGAGCUUUCAACAACAUCAUACUUGAUAAUAGCAGUAACGUAUUUUCAUAAGUUUAUGAAACCUCUUCAGAAUCAGUUCCAUUUUAUUAAACUUAUGGACUUUCUACUUUUUGGCAAAAACUCUUAUACUCAAUUAUAUCUAUUACAUACUUCAUACAAUAUCAAUCAAUUAAUUUCACUUAAACAAAAACACCAUCACAUAAACCUCAAACUCAACAAAAUACUAAAAUAUCGAAAAUCGUUAAUUUUUGUUUCUUAUAAUUGCAAUAGAAAAAUCUCUUUAAAACAAUUGUUAAGCUAAUAUUUUUCUUGGUUCUCCAUUUUAAAAUUAUGUAAAAAAAUUGGUUAAUUACUAAAUCAAAAUAUUUUUCAUUAUCAAAAAAGUGAUAAAUUUUUCUUAUUUUUUUUCUUAAAAAAUAACAGUUUUUUUUCGUGCAAUAUUUCUGCAUUUUUAUUAUUAUUUUUUCUUCAAAUGUGUAUGUAUAAUGCAUUUUUUACUAUUGUAUACAAAAUUUUAUUAAGUUUCAUUAAAUUCCAAAAUGAAUAAAAAAAUAUAUAAAGCAAAAUAUCAUGAACAAAAUUUUGUUUUUGAUCUCAAAUAAAACAAACAACUUGAAUUUAUUCUAUUGUACUAUAAUUAUGGAGAAUAUAAGAAAAAUCAUAUUAGAUAUGUUCAUAUUUCACAAUUUGAAUAAUGUAACAAAGAAAAUUUCAUGUAAUAAAGAAUGAAAGCAAAAAAAA